AGCACAUUUUUGACUGACCUGUGUAGUCUCCACCCACCCGGGAAUGGGUGGCCACACGUCACCAACACACCCCAUCACGCUUCUCCUUCAGUGUGGACUUGAACUCAGUCGGAAUGCAUGUCUAAAGGACCUCUGCAAAACAUUUUUUUUAAUUUUCCCUUUUUUUUAAGAGUUCCUUUGGGAAGCGCCUCUCUCUGCCGAAUGAGAGCAGCUAGUUCCGAGGCGCGCCAUGACCCGCUGCCGGACCCGAGCGGACCAUGACGCUAUGGCAUAGCCUGACCACUUGUUUGAUUGCGCUCGGAGUUGUGCACGCCGGCCCGGAGCCCCCGGGGUUGGUGCUCGUCGCAGAGGAGAGGCCCCUGGAGAGCCCGCCGCUCCGGUUUCGCCCGUCAUUCACCUCGCAGGGAAUCAGCGAGAGCCAGGAGGACGUGGACCACCAGACAGACGCUUACAUUAUGGAGGAGGCUAUCCCGGCCGACUUUGACGAGCUGGCGGAUUUGGUCAAGGUGACCGUGAGCAGAAUACGAGGAUCACCCAGCGAGUCCACCCCGACUCAGAGGAUCCCCCAGUCUAAUCAGAACCAUAGGAUCAGGUCCAGACGGGAGAGGAGGACCAGGUCGAGCCGGAAAAGGAUGCCGAAGGCACGGAAGGCAGGCGGCAAGCGAGCAAAGGGCUGCUCGCUCCAGCAGGUCCACCUCAAUGUGACCGACCUGGGCCUGGGCUACCAUUCGGGCGAGGAGAUGAUCUUCAGGUACUGCGCAGGACCCUGCAGGAAGUCGGAGACGAACUACGACAAGAUCCUGCGCCACCUGGGCCGCCACGGGAGGUUGCCGGCCAAGGACGCGCCCCCGCAGACCUGUUGCCGCCCGGUGGCAUUUGACGACAACCUGUCCUUUCUGGAUGAUAACCUGGUCUACCACACGCUCAGGAAGCACUCGGCCAGAAAAUGUGCUUGUGUCUGAUCAACUUUUUUCAUACAGCAUCAACCAUGUAUUUGAUUGACAAUCCACACCUUGUCCUUCAUGUAUGCCUCAGACACGAAAGAGGUUUCUAUACUCUCUCUGUGUCGACAGUAGAGCAUCUAUGGCACGGUCCAAUGGAAAAAAAAGUAUCUCCAAAUUUCCAUGUGUAGCUAUUUGAUGAUCCAGAAAAAUUAAGAUGGGACGGAUGGAACCCAUGCACAUGUCCACAUUUUGUGGAGGGCUGGGCUGAAGUUGGGGUUGAGUCCAAGGAAUAUAGGACAUUUUUUGGGGUGCUUUCGGGCAGGAGGCAGGGUACACCCCAACACCCCGAACUAGUUGCCACCCAACUGUAGGGCACAGAAAUAGACAAACCAUCAAUCAAACUCACAACUAUUCACAAUCACACCUCAGGACAAUUUAGACCUACAAUGCAUGUUUUGGAAAGUGGAAGGAAACCGGAGUACCCGGAGAAAACCCACUCAGUCAUGGGGAGGACAUGCAAACUCCACACAGAGAGGCUGGGGGUGGAUUCAAACCCACAAACUCAUGAAAAACCUACGUUUAAAAAA